AUGUCAUCAUCAAUGCUUUUCUCUUCAAUGGCUUCAAGCCUUGCUAGCCGUCGCAAGAAUUCGGCACUGCGCAGUCUGCACACUAGUCCAUCUAGUUCCAUCGAUUUCUCCUCUAACGAUUUCCUCUCCCUUAGCACAUCACCUCUUUUGAGGCAUACCUACCUCGAUGCGCUUAACCGUACUACGCCAUCUGAGUUCCGCCUUGGCUCGGGUGGCUCACGGUUGCUAGAUGGUAACUCUAACUUUGCUGAAGAGUUGGAAGUUGACCUAGCUGAAUUUCAUGGCGGCAAAUCCGCUCUAUUAUUUAAUUCUGGCUUCGAUGCAAAUUCUGGCUUCUUUUCUUGCGUACCGCAGAGGGGUGAUGUCGUUAUUCACGAUGCCUACAUUCAUGCCAGUGUGCAUGAAGGUCUAAAGUGUUCUCGAGCCAGCCAUGUAUCUUCAUUCGCGCACAAUUCCUUGGUCGAUUUGAAGAGAAAACUCCAAGAAUUCUCACAACUCGACUCUGAUAUCGCGACGGGAAAAAAGAAUGUAUUUGUCGCUGUGGAAUCACUGUACAGCAUGGAUGGUGAUUUGGCGCCCCUCAGGGAAAUCGUCGACUUGAUGGAAGAGAUGUUUCCCAUGGCUAACGGUCAUGUGAUCGUUGAUGAGGCACAUUCUAACGGUCUCUAUGGUGAGGAUGGGCGCGGUAUUAUUUGUCACCUUGGCCUGGAAGAUAGGGUCCUCGCCCGGCUACACACCUUUGGAAAGGCCAUGGCUUGUAAUGGAGCGGCUAUCAUUUGUGAUCCCCUACUUCGUGAAUAUUUAAUUAACUACGCUAGACCACUUAUCUACUCCACUUCAAUGUCAUUCCCAUCACUGGUGGCGAUACGUUCAGUCUACACCAUGAUGAAACGUGGAGUGACUAGGCCACUUGUCACCCAUCUUCACGAGCUUAUCAGCUACCUGUUCAAGCAGCUUUCGAGUUUGUCAGUCCUCAUGAUUCAUCCUCAGACUAAAGAAGUUCUCUUGAGACUUCCUCGAGAACCUCCACCCUCACCCAUCUUCUCGCUUCUUACUCCCAAACCACGGAAUUUGGCAGCUCACUUUCAGGCAGCUGGACUAGUUGUAAGGCCUAUAGUCCCUCCUACAGUCCCUCAAGGCACUGAGCGUGUUAGAAUAUGUCUUCAUGCUGGGAACACCUUCGCCGAGGUUAACAAGCUAACACAAUGUCUAAGACUUUGGCUGGAAAGUGAAACGAAAACAACACUUCCCUCAAUCCAUGGAAAAUCCUUGGUGAAGCCAAUGUUGUAA